AUGAGCGACCAGUUUCAGAGCCGCCGGGUUAUGGGGAUCUCGUGCCAAUCCGAAUUGGACCUGUUCGUAAGGCAACCUAAGCACCGAGCCGUUUCGAAAGCCAGCGAGGCCAGUCACCAAGAAAUAUGUGUGGAAGGCGAUUCGCUUGGUGGGCGUAAGACGGAUAUCGGCAGCACGGGUCCAGAGCGUGUCGAGAAACAGGGCGAUGUCAUCAGGUCAGAACUUCUACGGUCCCGACUCGAGACGCCGCUUUGGAAGGCAGAGGCAGGAAAGAUUGUCUGUCACGCAUUUCUAAAGCACAUUGACAUCAAUCCCGACGACUACACGUCACAGUGCGACGCCUUGCUCUCUCUACUGGAAUACGUCUACUCUCACUUCAGCGAAACUUACGUCCUGUCGUUUUUUGCCUAG